UAUAUAGUGGCGUUUUAGAAAGAGAGAGCCAAAAAGACUACUGUUUCAGAUCAUACACAAGAGAGAGAGAGAGAGAGAGAGAGAAAUGGCUAGUCUGAAAGUGUCUUAUGUCCCCAAAUCCAUCACAAACUUACUCAAUGAUCUGCAAAAAGUCCAAGAUGUCUCACAGAGAUGGUCAGUUCUGAAUGACUACAUGCGUGAGCAUGAAGAAGAGCUGGCCAGGGUUAUGGUUUUCAAACGUGAACUCCCUCAGUGCAUGUUGCUCCUCAUGGACGCCAUUGAAGUGUUAAAGGUGGAAAUCCGGAAGGCUGAGAAGGAAAAAGAACAUGCUGAAGAACAGAAACGUAUUUCUGAGCUUUUGGCAAGGAACAAAAGGAGUUAUGAGAAUUAUAAUCAGAAUGAACAAAUGAAUAAUACUAAUGUUGAACAAGGACAUGGACAAUACCUUGUCAAUCCUUUGUCUGCAGCCAAUUCUUGGGACUCUUAUCGUCCCGACCUCAACAGAACCGAUCAGCCGUACAACUACGGUGAAAAUGGAAAGGGAAAGGAGGUAGAGAGAGAGGUGGCAGUGGUUACGAAAACCAAGUAUCCGAGAAUCGGAUCCUCGGAUAAUCAUGAAGGUAUAAGUUUGGUGGGAAAUGAAUCUGCAGAAGAACCACAUUAUCAGCAAGAGCCAAGACAACAAGCAGAGCCAAUGUUGCCAGAGCCUACUGAUCUCUGGAGGAAUAUUACUAGGAGAUACUGGACACCAGACCUUCAUGCAAGGUUCCUGGACGCUCUGAAUAUUCUUGGGGGUCCUGAAGUGGCUACACCAAAACAAAUUAAAGAGACAAUGCAAAUUGAGGGCUUGACUACUGACCAAGUGAAAAGCCAUCUCCAGAAGUACCGAAAUCACAACCGCGAGUGUCUUCGGAAUGGCACAGAUGAGGAAAAUCAACCAGUGGGACAUCAAAAUUGGCCAGGCAUAUGGAUGACAGACGGCUGAUUCAUUCUGUGCAUAGGCAGUUGAAGGGACCAGCCAAUUACUUAUGCAAAAAGCUGUCGUCCUAUAUAUAAUAAAUAAUCGGUCUGUAAACUCGUAACAUAUUACGGGAAGAACCUAUACGGUACGGGCUUUGAUGGUAGUUUAUGGAUGAAAACUGGUGCAGUGUCCUCUUUUUUCUAUCUUUCAGUUACUGUUAGAGUGUGUUGUUUGUCGUAGCUAUAACGGAUAAGACUGUUUGAACAGGCACUUAUAUAUAUAUAUAUAUAUA